AGUCACACAAACGAGGUCGAACGGUGAACAGCCACUCUCUAAUAUGAUGUACAUAUAUGUAAUAUUAAUCAAAUAAUUUAAUAUUUAGUUUAAUUUGUGCGUUGUAUACUUAAAAUUUUCAUUAAAAAUUCCGCAGUAUUUUAAUUUUUUUUUUUAACAAUAAUGGAAACUUUGGAAAAAUAUUAUAAAGUUACUGCUCAGCAAGAGUAUGAAAAAAAUCCACAAUUAUCUGCCACAGAUGUAGAAGAGCUUCUAAAGUGGAGUGACGAAAAUAUAAAUUUAUAUGGGAAAUUAAUUGAUAUUCAGAUUAUAAUGUUUUUGCAUGCGUGUAACUACGAUAAAGAAUAUGCAAAAAAGGUAAUAAGUCAGUGCUAUAAUUUACGAGCUAAGAAGUGCACUCCCUUCUUUUCGGCAAGAGACCCUGCACAUCCUUUCAAUCAAAAACAAUUGGAUGUUGUUAAUAUAAACAUAAUUCCGGACGAAGAAAAUGGUUACAGCUAUAUAUGGUCGCAAUUAAAAAUCGUGGAUGCAUCACAAUAUUAUCCAACUGUGGCGUCAAAACUAACUUUUAUGGCCAUCGAACUAGACCAAGUCGAAUACGGUACCAAGUCGGGGUACAGAAUGGUACUGGAUUCGAAUAAUUUUAGCUUAAGUCACGCAUUACGUUACUCCCUAUCAAAUGCAAGACAUUUAAUGUUAUACGUCCAGGAAGGUACACCUUUUGUGAUUGAUAAAAUUUACAUUCUCAACGUCACCUCAGGAACUGAAAGAUUAUUCUCAAUGAUGAAACCAUUCAUGAGCACUUCAUUGAUAAAUAAAGUUAUAAUAAAAUCAGUUCCGAAGACUAAUGAAUUUAUAAAAACAUUGCCACAAACAAUAGUGCCUAAGGACUAUGGUGGCCUUGCACCGAUUAUGAGCGAAACAAAUGAAAUCUUAAAACAAAAAUUAUUGGAUAAUCGCGAUUACUUUUUGGACGAAGAAAAAUUAAGAAAUGGUAAUGUUAAAGAUGAAGUAGAUACAACAGUUGGAGAAAAUGACAAGGAUAAUAUAAAUUCUUUUAAAAAUUUAAGCAUUGAUUAAACUUAUUUUAAAUAUAUAGGUAUAUUUCUAACUUAAUUAUUUCAUUCAAACAAUUUCAAUUUGUAGAUACCAUACAAGUUAUUGUAAAUUAUUAUUGAUCAAGAUGUUUUAUUUUUUCAAUAAGCUGACUUAGCUGUUAUAUUAUUAUUUAUUUUAAUAUAUUUUUUUAUUGUAACAAAAAGGGUCUCAGAUUUAUAAAUCGAGGAGGUUAAGUGUCAUUUAACUAUAUUGUUUUUUAAUUUUUAUUUAAAUAAAAAAGUAAAUAAUAAG